AUGCUCAGUUUGGAGAACUGCGUCGGCUUGAAAAUAAAGCUUGUGACAGCAGAUGAUGAGACUAUAGUGGGGUCCAUACAUUCCUAUAACCCAAAUAAUGGACUGUUAUCGCUUGUUCGUCAAUCCGAAAACUCAUCCAAAGAAAACUUUAUUGUUAUCAAAAACACGUUCAUUAAAAGUCUUUCCUGUCUUUCCAAACCCAAGGAUGUCAAUACGAGCUCUAUAAAUGAAAAGUUUGCAAAUAUGCCCCGAAAACCCCACCCUGUGCCUCUGAAUAUGCUGGGGCAUAAUUAUAAAGUUACCAACGCUCAUGUGGUGAAAAAGUACCAAUCACAAUAUGUGCUCAAUAAGACUUUGGCAGACAGAAAGAUCACGCCAGAAGGGAAAGAAAUAUUCACGAGUUUAUUCAAUUUACUUCCCGAUGGUGACGUCUCGCUUGACAAAAACGACAACAUUGUCGUGUUUGACAACCACAUUGUAAUCUCCAAACCGUAUGGCGCUGAAAACUGCAAAAUGGUUUCCGGAAAUGAUGACCAACAGCUUUCAUACAUCAAAAAGAUUAUCAAGGAUGCCUGGAUGCGCCUGGAAUCCGAGAGAAAGGGCGGUUGA